UGCUGUUCUCAGUCGCACUGCACACAGCCAGUGUACAGCAUCUUCAGCAGCCUGCCUCUCACGCUCUCCAUUCAGCUCCCUGCUCCACACACUGAGAGAGCCAGCCGACCAGCAGCCUCCUCACUGAGCUCCAUCUGCACGGAACGCAAAGUCGGGACGAACGGAGAGCUGCAGACGGGAUGUACUUCCAGGGGACAAAUAUGUCUGUGCGGCACCCUGCGUGUCUCCUCCUGUUUCUGCUGAGUGCCAGUGGCGGGGGCCUCUCUUCCCCGCUCACUCCGGAGCUCCCGGCUCCCGAGGCGGACGCAGUUGCCCCGGCCGAAGCUGACCCCACCCAGGCCACUCCCCUCCCUGACCCCUGCGAGGGACGGCCCUGCCUGAACGGGGGAGCCUGCUUGGCCAAGCCCUCUGACCCGGAGGCAGAAGACCCUCUGCCGAAGUCCUGGGCUUACAGCUGCACCUGCACCUCUGGAUUCACUGGACACAACUGUGAGUUCUUCACAGACCCCUGUGCCAGCAGCCCCUGUCUCCAUGGCAACUGCAGCGGCAGCGGCGAGGGCGAGGCGUACACCUGCGAGUGUGCCGAGGGCUACGACGGGGAGAGGUGUGAGCGCGCCACGUUGGGAGCCUCGGACCAGUUGCCUCUCUCCAGCUGGGAACCCGCCAAACUCCCCGCCCCCCAACAGGCCACCCCGGCCACGCCCACAACCGCCACUCAGCCGCCCACGUCAACCGCGGUGCCCUCCACCACGCUGGCCCCUCCCACACUGCAGCCGUGGCAGCCCAAGGCCGGACAGAGGCUCCUGGCGGUGCCGUGGGAGAAAGAACAGGUGACAGAGGGACUGCGCUGUGAGAGUCCUGAACUGUGUGAGCUGACCUCUGGAACUCUGACCUUAUCAUUAGAGGUGCCUGAGGAGACUGCCAUCAAGGUGUUGGUGAACGUAAGCGGUGCUCCAGUACUUUGGCGUGUUGGAGAGGACAGUUUCCAGCAGGCCUCCGUGGUGGAUGGGACCAUCCUGUGUUUCCAGCAGGCCUCCAAUGGGCUGGUGAUCCCUGACCACUCCCUCACCCUGGGACACAACUACUUCAUCAGUGUGCUGCGUCUGGGCUCCCCGACCGUCUCCGAAGUCACACUGCGUCUCAACUUGACAGUGAAGGCCAGCAGCUGUGUCGAGCCUGGCAGUCGCUUCAGCGACCCACAAUGCUCUGGGAAGGGAAAGUGCAUCACCCAACCCUCUGUGAGCACAUUCUUCUGUGAGUGUGAGGAGGGUUACUCUGGGAUCUUCUGUGAGGAGUUUGAUGCCUGCCACCUGAGGCCUUGCCAGAACUACGCCAUCUGUAGUGACCUGAGGCAGGGCGGUGAGGGACGGAACUUCACCUGUAUCUGCCCUCCAGGGUACGAGGGUGACCUUUGCCAGUUGCUCGUGGACCAUUGCCUGUCGCAACCCUGCAGAAACGGCGCUACCUGCUCCAGCAGCUUGGCCGGACCCAGGUGCUACUGCCCUGAGGGGUAUCAGGGCGCUAUGUGUGAACAGAGGGUGGACCCGUGCGCCUCAAGCCCAUGUCACAACAACGGGAGCUGCUACCCCCAGGGUCCCGGCCUGGGCUUCGGCUGCAGCUGUUCGGCUGGUUUUACCGGCCCGACAUGUGCCCAGCUCGUAGACUUCUGCGCCCUCAACCCCUGUGCCCAUGGGAUCUGCCGCAGUGUGGCUACCAGCUACAGGUGUCUGUGCGUCCCAGGUUACCACGGUCUGUAUUGUGAGGAGGAAUACAACGAAUGUCUGUCAGCCCCCUGUCAGAACUACGCUACCUGCAGAGACCUCAUCAAUGCUUAUGAGUGUGUCUGCACUCACCAGUAUGAAGGCAGACACUGUGAGGUCUACAGGGAUCCCUGUCAGAAGGUUCACUGUCAGAACGGGGGACGCUGUGAGAGUUCAGGACUUAACGCCUCCUGUGUCUGCCCACCUGGUUACCUGGGGCAGGGCUGUGAGCUGGACGUCAACGAGUGCGAGAGCAGCCCCUGUCAUCACGGAGGUACCUGCCUCGACCAAUCGAACGGCUACACCUGCCACUGUCCACCAGGCUGGGUCGGGGCGAGCUGUGAGAUACACUUGCAGUGGAAACCGGCCCACCCCGAGGACACUUUGACCAACAUGCCGCGCCACUCCCUCUACAUCAUCAUCGGUGCGCUGUGCGUGGCCUUCGUCCUCAUGCUCAUCAUCCUCAUCGUGGGCAUCUGCCGCAUCAGCCGCAUCGAGUACCAGGGCUCGUCCCGCCACGCGUACCAGGAGUUCUACAACUGCCGCAGCAUCGACAGCGAGUUCAGCAACGCCAUCGCCUCCAUCCGCCACGCCAGAUUUGGGAAGAAGUCCCGACCUGCCAUGUACGACGCCACACCCAUCACCUACGAGGACUACAGUCCCGACGACAAGCCUCUGGUCACUCUGAUCAAAACGAAAGAUUUGUAGAAAUGACAGCAGCAACACGCCCACCAAAACACAACGUCAUCAGGCAUCACCUCUUCACACUUACUGUACAGUAACUACACAUGUACGGAUGUGCACCUCUUCACACUUACUGUACAGUAACUACACAUGUACGGAUGUGCACCUCUUCACACUUACUGUACAGUAACUACACAUGUACGGAUGUGCACCUCUUCACACUUACUGUACAGUAACUACACAUGUACGGAUGUGCACCUCUUCACACAUACAGCAGCUUCAUUCAGUGCAAACCAUUCAGUAUUUCUCUAGACAAAAAUAAACUAAAAAAAUAAAGAAUUGUUCUGCAACUGUUUCAAUAUCCAUAAAGCUACAAUAGCAUACAAGCAUAUUUUGUAUUAUUUUAAUAGGUGUUGGGUGACCAAAUGUCAAUGGCUUCUGCUUUCCAGUAGAAUGUGACUACAUUACCCACAAUUCCAUUGGGGGUCCUAGAGGGGGGCAGGUCAUGAAAACCCUCUCCUAACCCGUGAGCUCAGUGUAGAUUCCGCAGAGGCUACUGAUAGCUGUCCUUACAGGUUUUUGUAGAAAUAGGUGCACUUGUCAUAAUGCAGUAUGAUAUAUACACACACAUAUCUUUCUAUAUUCUGCAGUAGGUUGCCUCACUUGAUGCAUGGGUAGAUCUGAAGGUUUCUGCAUUAUUUUGAAACCCUCCGUACAUUGCUGUUGAUUUAGUGUAUCUUUGCCAAAAAUCUUUUUUCAGGCAACAUUAUGUGGUGGUGGACCGAGACAGGAGAGAUGCAUAUGCAUAGAACAGAUGUAUGAAACUGGUAAAACAGUGCUUCUUUAAAAAAAAAAAAAAGUUUAUUGGUUGUCAUGUUUUUGUCAUUUACAUGCAAGUUCAGUACAAAUAAAGUAUGAGUAGUAAUCGUAUUCACAGUGUUUUAGGGUUUUCCUAUGAGGACGGUGUAUUUUUUUUGCAGGAGUAGCCUAUGGGUGGGCGACUGACAUGUUGGGUGGGAGGGUCUAGUAUGGGAGAUUGACAGGUGGGGGUCAGCUAGUGUCUGCUCCUGUAAUACUGUAUAAUGCUUCUGUGUCCCAGGUACAGGUUUGUCUGUGUGUGGUUGUAUUGUUCCCGUCUGGGGUCAACCUCUGGGUGCAUUUGUUUGAACCUUGCUUAGGGCACCUGAUGGGUGGCCCAUUUUAGACCAUUCUAUUGGUCCUUUAAAUGUCUGCCCAGCAAGGAAACCAGGCAGGCUAAAAACAAAUGCACCCCCCCCCAUUUCCUUUUUGGGGGCCUGACUUGACUUGCCUAGGGUCAUCCUCCUUUUUUUUUUGAAGAGAAGAAUCACAUAUUAUCUAUCUCUAAUGCUGUAACAAUAAAGAUUUAAGUGAAAACAAACCAGA